UUAUUGAAAAUAUUUAUAUCAUAAUGGAAUACAGAAGACUAGGAUCAACAGGACUCAAAGUGUCUGCCAUCGGAUUUGGAAAUUGGUUAAAUGCAGACGACAACGAAACUUUGGAGAGGAAUAUCAAAAUUAUAUAGAAGGCUUGGGAGUUGGGAAUCAACUUUUUUGAUACAGCAGAAGGAUAUGGAAAAGGAAAAGCGGAAAUACAAUUAGGGAAUGCUCUCAAGACACUCAAUGUUUAAAGACAAGAUUACGUAGUCAGCACAAAGAUAUACUUUGGAACAGCCUAAGACGAUUUUCCAAAUUCCAGAUUUCUUUCAAGAAAACAUAUCAUUGAAGGUCUCAGAAAUUCACUCAAGAGAUUGGACUUAGAAUAUGUUGACAUUGUCUUUGCACAUAGGUAUGAUCCACAAACUCCUUUGGAAGAAGUUUGUAGAGCCUUUGAUUGGGUAGUUAGACAUGGUUGGGCUCAUUAUUGGGGAACAAGUGAAUGGACAGCUCAAUAAAUUUUAGAAGCAAUCGGUAUUUGCGAUAGAUUGAAACUAAUCAAACCUGUUGCAGAACAACCGCAAUACAACAUGUUGGUUAGAGAUAAGUUUGAAUGGGGCUAUAAUAAUGUUUUUGCUUAAGGUUAUGGAUCUACCAUUUGGUCACCAUUAUAUUAAGGAAUUUUGACAGGAAAAUAUAACGAUGAUCUUUUUGCAGAUGGUAGAUUUAAAAAUACAGAUAAUCCUUACUUGAAAGGUUUUUAUGAGAGAACAUUAGGAAAUCCUGAAUAUGCCGCUAAAGUUUAGUCAUAAUUAAAAAAAUUAGGUGAGUUAGCCAAAGAACUGAAUAUUUCAUAAGCCUAAUUAUCGUUGGCUUGGGCUUUAAAAAAUAAGGAUGUUAGCACUGCCCUAACAUCAGCUUCUAGAGUUGAGUAAUUAGAGGAAACCAUUAAGUCAAUAUAAGCUAUAAAAUUGAUCACACCUGAGGUUGAAGCAAAAAUAGAAGCUAUACUUUAAAAUAAACCUGAAACAUAAGUUAACUUUAAGCUUCUAAAACCAUUCCCAACUAGAAGGGAUUUGCACGUAUGAUUUAAACAAUAAAAUCAAUAUUAAUAUAUAUUUGAUCCUC